AAAUUUAAAACAAAUUAAUAAUAAAAAAGGCAAAAAAUAAAGGUUUUAGACGUGUUGUGCAUUUUUAAAAAAAUACGUUCUUUUUUCGCAAUUUCAUUCAAUAAAUAAAAUUGAAAAUAAAAAAAGAACCAUUAAGUGACAAAUUCUGUGCUCCUUUAAAGUCAAUGCAAAUAAAUUAAAAAAAAGUAUUACUAUUCUUCAUCAUCCCUACACUCUUCCCCUUAAAAGGAGGCCAACAUAUAAUACUCCAACCAACCAGAGGCAUACGUAUCAACACUUAACCAUCAACAGGAUUUAAAUUCCUUUUCAAUUUAAGUUUUGGCGAUUUUUACAACGUUUUUCUUCUCUACACAUCUUCUACAUUUUAAUGGUAAAUUCUGUGCGUUAUGGUCGCGUACCAAAACGUUCACGUGAGCUGAAUGGCGGCACGCCAUCAUCCACAGAGGAUCCAAACGCUGUCGUUGUUGUAAAUUCGUGUGAUUUACGGCGUGUCAGCACACCGGGAACACCGAACACACCACAAACUCCACAAAUGUGUUCCAUAGCAUCAUCACCAUCCGAAUUGAGCGGCUGCAAUGCCACCACCAACAAUAACAACUCAAAUAGUUCGGGUCUCGUCGUCGGGCCCAGUAAUGGUGGCGGCGUUGGUGUCGGCGUCAGUGUUGGCAUGGGUGUCGGUGUUGGUGUCGGCAAUCUAAAUGCCCAACAAUUACAGACGGCCCACCAUGAGGGUCAUCAUUUAAAUGACGCAAUGAUGGCCGGUACGGGAACAGAACUGUCGGUUUACGAUGUGAUUAUGUGCGUUUCUCAGGCUCAUCGCAUGAAUUGCGCAUACACAGAAGAACAGACCAGAGAUUUAAUGCGUCGUCCCUUAAAUGUACCGCCCAAUGGUGUAAGUAGUUAUUUAAUUUCAUCGGUGGCGGAGAGUAUGGAAUUUCAAAAAAUUUGGCUUUGGCAACAGUAUGCUGCACGUGUGACACCCAAUGUUCAACGUAUUGUAGAGUUUGCUAAACGUUUACCUGGCUUCUGUGAUUUUACCCAAGAUGAUCAACUGAUACUCAUUAAAAUGGGCUUUUUCGAGACAUGGCUUACCCAUGUGGCCCGCAUGAUAACCGAUUCAACAUUAACCUUUGAUGAUGGUACAUAUUUGACUAGACAACAUUUAGAGAUCAUAUAUGAUACUGACUUUGUGGUUUCAUUAUUUAAUUUUGCAAAUACUAUCAACGUUUAUGGUCUCAGCGAUACAGAGAUUGGUCUCUUCUCCGCCAUGGUCUUGCUGGCGUCCGAUAGGCCCGGCAUUUCCGAAGCCAAAAUGAUUGCACGAACAAGAGAACGCAUCACAGAAGCCCUAAGAGUACAAAUCGUACGUUCGCGCAAUGGCACCACACAAGCCCUACAACUAAUGCCAGCUCUGGAAGCUAAAAUACCAGAAUUAAGAUCGUUGGGUCUCAAACACAGUGCCCACUGUAAUUGGUUGCGUUUGACGAAACCAAGAUUGCCACCAUUAUUUGCCGAACUCUUCGACAUUCCCAUGGAUGAUGAAGCGUAAAUUUGUUUUUCUUUUGGGACUAGAAAAAAAAUGGCGGCUUGUUUUUUACCGUUAGAGAAAACAAAAAAGAUAAGACUACUAAAGCAAAUAUGCGAAAAUAAAAAAACAAAAAUUAACAUACAAAAUAAUUAUAAUUAAUUAAAAAAAAAGAAAAUAAAAAGAAAUUAGAAGCGAAAUAUUAUAGAAGAAGACAAGAAAAGAAAUGAAAACAAAACAAAACAUAAAACCGAUAAGGAAGUAAGAAAGUACACUUCUAAAGGCAAUUUAAGAGAUUUAUUCCCUUUUCCAUUAAUUAGCAAUUAAUUAAUUAAACAAAUAUGAUUUCUAAACAAAUUUAAUAAGAAUUAAAGAGAAAAAUAAA